AUGGCCUCUAGAAACGCAAACACCUCUACCGCCGUCAGGCGUCUGAUGACAGAGUACAAGCAGCUGACAUCCGGAGGCCCGAUCUCUGAAUCCGAUUUCUUCACCUGGGAGGCGCUCAUCUGUGGACCGAAGGACACCCCAUUCUUCUUGGUCGCAAUCAUUCGCCACGUCCAGGAAGCUAACUAUGGCCCUCGGAACCGCCUUUGCUCAGUCUACCCGGAUGGAAACGUUUGUAUUUCCAUCCUCCACACCCCCGGCGAUGAUCCCACGCACUACGAGCAAGCUUCCGAGCGAUGGAGUCCUGUUCAGAGUGUCGAGAAAGUCAUCCUUAGCGUGAUCUCCAUGUUGGCAGGUACGAGGCGCCUCCCCGGUCAGAUCUUUGAACACCAUGCGCUCAACACCGUUUAA